AGUGUGUGGAAUAUCGUACCAGGUCACGUGGGGGUGAGGGAUCGACGUAACCGACCCUUAUAUAUAAGGGGGGUCUUUGUCCUCAUCACCCAUCCUGAAGUCCAGAACUGACCCGAGGUGCGACAGCCCCAUCGCACAGCGUUCCUCAUCUACUGUUAGUUCCCAUGGAACCCAAUCACCAAGCAAUCCCAACACACUCGGAGGACUCGAAGGAUGAGAUCAGCUUGGAGAGCCGCAAAUAUUUCCAUAUCAAUGAUUUGCCUGUAGAACUCUUGCGGGAAAUAUUCGUUACCUUGAAAGCUGAUUGGAAUAGGUACUAUUCUUCUGAUGGCUGCACCGUGGCUCAUGUGAUAACAAUGAUUUGCCGCUUCUGGCGCUUCGUGGCACUGAGCGAACCUCGACUAUGGGCAACAUUCUGGUUUUCAGAGUGCUUGAAGAGAUCCAAGGAUGUGCACCUGGAACUAAUGGUGAACUUCGUGGGUGACAAGAGAUAUCCUAGUCGGCAAUUUCGCAGACGUGUCAAGGAGAUCGCAACACCCCAUCUUCAUCGUUGCACCUCCUUGUACAUCAUCGAUUACGACUUUCGCCUUCCAAACGACUGGAUCCCACUUCCCAACGAACUGAAAUCGUUGAGAGAUGUAGCGAUAGUUUUGGAUAUUUCGCCCCUCCGGUUCCCACAUCCUCCUCACCAAACCAUGGAUUUGGGCUUACCAAAGCGCUUUCGCUAUCUUAAACUUUAUACCCCGAGUCAAUGCAUUCCAGCAUUCACUUCGGAUUCCGUGAUGGAGCAUUUAUCGGUGUCGUUGGGUGAAGAUCAGAUCAAUACAGCCGCCAGCCUCCUACGCGAUGUUGAACCUUUGAAGACUCUGGAUUUCGAGCUUGCGACUUCCCCGAACCUGGAUAUUUCAGGCAUCUUCCCUCGUUCAUUUCCCCAGCUUGAGAAUCUCAUCCUCCGUGGUGGGAGGGUUUCCUCUCCCAUCGUGGCCCCGCGUCUCAAACACCUAUAUUGCCAAACACCAAAAAGAUUUCUGAAGGGCCUCAUCUCCUUAGAGGUUAGAGCAUCUAACCUGCCGCCCGAUUGCCUCGUUCACUGUCACGCGCUGGAAUGCCUAGGAGUUUACGUCACAGCGGACGAAAGUAUCAGGAUGCUGGAAUCCCUACUUUCAACUGCGAGACCGCCAGGUCUAGAUCUCUCGGCAUACCACUGUCCCAAUCUCCAGAGAAUAAU